UAGCGGGUUCCAGAUGUGGCAAGACGACAGCUUUAGGUAGUAUCUUAAGAAUUAUUCUGGGCACCACUCAUCAAACUUCCAAUUCAUACCUAGAACGAAAUAGAACGUACCUAAUCAAACGGAUAUCAGACGAUUAAAUACGAGAACACGGGUAUAUGUGAGGCUCGAGACCGGACCUGACCCCUGGGUCGGAGCGCUUCUCAGCUGAACUAAUGAUGGAUGGUGGAUCGCGCGGGGUGUAUUAAGGGGCUUUACAAGCUCCAAAUCCUACGCCGAAAGCGGUCCUAUACCGAGGGAUAUCUCGUGACAAUGGAAACUUGGCUCAUAGUUUGUCUGCAACGUUAGAAAGAGGCGUUUAUUUCUCUCUUUAACUGGUAAACUCAUGUAUAGACUCUACUAAUAUGAACAUUCGAACGGGACCAUCUGCUGGACAUCUUUUGGUUGGCGGCAAAGUCUUUCUGCACGCUAACCAGCCAGGUCUUGAAGCCGAACCUCAGUUCGGGAGUGCAAUCUUUAUCCGCGACGGUACUAUCGAACACGUUGGUUUCGAGGAAGACGAUGCGAUCACCCAAUGCCGGGCUGCCGGUGCUGUCGUCCAUAAUCUAAAUGGGCGAACAGUUCUCCCGGGCUUCAUCGACGGUCACAUUCACUUAUUAAGACUAGGACAAUCGCUAAGCAAAGCUGCGCUUGACCAUUGUGAGAAUUCUGAGGAUGUUCGUAAGGCUAUCAAGGAACACGCGCUCGCCAACCCAGACGAACCACGCAUUCUCUGUAAGGGAUGGAUGAGGCAUAUGUCGAAGCCCCUGGCAAGUCUGAUCGAUGAUCUAGAUCCACGUCCUAUCUAUGUGGAUUCAAAGGAUCUUCAUACCACCUGGUGUAGCACGUCCGCGCUGAAGGAACUCGACGCGGAAAACUUGGAAGACCCGGAAGGAGGCAAAAUCGAGCGUGACGCCGAUGGGAAACCUACAGGUGCCUUUGAGGAAGCCGCUGUCUUCACGAUCAUAUGGCCUUUCCUUGCCGACGUAGCAACGGAGAAAGACCGCGAGGACUGGAUCCGGGCUGCGGUUCAGGCAUACAAUAGUUCCGGCUACACCGGUGCUAUAGACAUGGCAAUGGACGAACAAGCGUGGAGUACUUUAUUGAACAUACGCAAAGAGCAACCAAAACAAUCCCUGCCCUUCCGACUGGCAGCAUACUGGCUCCUAGCCCCCUCAACAUCCGAAGCCGACUGCCUCGCGCAAGUCGACCGCGCCAUCGAAGCGCACAAGCAGCUCAGCGCCUCGGAAUCGCCGGACCUGCACGUCGUCGGCAUCAAGCUCAUCACCGACGGCAUCAUCGACGCCUGCACGGCCUACCUCUCCGAGCCGUACCUCAAGGGCGCCGACGUCGCCAAGCUGACCACCGGCAAGCCGUUCUGGGAGCCGGAGAUCGUCAACGCGGUGGUGCGUAAGGCUGACGCCGCGGGUCUGCAGGUCGCGCUCCAUGCUAUCGGAGACGCGGCGAUUACUAUGUGCCUCGACGCCCUGUCUACCUGCUCGCCGAGGAACCGGCAUCGCAUGGAACAUCUUGAGCUUGCGUCCGCGCGGGACGCGAAGAGGCUUGGUGAAUUCGGGAUCACGGCCUCCAUCCAACCCGUGCACGCCGACCCGUGGAUCCUGCGAGCGUGGCCUCGCCUGCUAGGCCACCGCUGCGCGCGCGCCUUCCCGUACCGCGAGUUCGCGGACGGGGGCGCGUCGCUGGCGCUCGGCAGCGACAGCCCGACGUCGCCGUGGGACGUCAUGGCCAACGUGUACGUGGCGGCGACGCGGAAGUCGUACCGCAACGCCGGGUACGGCGAGGUCGUGAACUACGACUUCCGGCUCGGCGUGUGCGAGGCCGUGGUCGCGGCCAGCUACGGGUCGGCGAAGAGCGUGUUCUGGGAUGGCCGGCUGGGAAGCUUGGAGAAGGGGAAGGUGGCGGAUUUGACGGUUUGGGAUAUGGUGUGGGAUAAGGAUAGGUUGUUGGGGGCUACGCUGGAGGAGACUUGGUUUAAUGGGGAGAAGAUCUGGGGCGCGUGAUGGGGUUUGGGAAUAGGAGAUCUCGGUCUUGGAGUUGGGAAGAAGUGUUGGAUGAUAAUAGUGAUUUAGAGUAUAUAUUACUGGUUAUCUUCAUAUCCAGCUCAAAGCAGGUAGGGAAUUAGAUGAAGGUUCACGCAUUCACGGCUGUAACAUAUAUCAAUGCCAAGAGAUUGCAAAUGCGAUGAUAGUAACUAA